GAGUAGACUUGGAGAAGGAAUUCUCCGUGAACCACGUACCGUCUCCACCCUCCUGUCCCUCCUUCUUGACCGAAGAGCCCCUCCUAAACUGGUGCUAAUCGUGCUGAAGCUCUGUCGCUCCGCUCUUCCGCUGAUGGACGCCAAGAGUUGCCAGGAGGUGACAUUACCCACUUCUGCUAGGCAUUACCUAGGGGUAAAACAUGGGCUUCACCAAGAAGGUAGUUCCGUGGUAAGAGUGGCUGAACUGUUACUGGGUAAGCUUGGGGACUUUGUUCUGCCGUCUGUAGACUCGGGCACUGAGGAUGAAAUUGAGAGCGAGGCAGAAGUGUAUGAAGAAAAUGACAUCAGUACCAAAAGCGAGAGCACCAUGUGUUUGUAUGUACAUAAAAGAGAUGACCAGCCUGCGCAUGAAGUUGUGCAGAAAGUGCUCAGGUAACGAUACUGUAUUUCUAAGUAGAAAAUAAACAACUUAGCUGAAUAAGCGUUUUAUACGUCUCUCUGGAAUUUCUGUAACUGUUCAAAAAAUUGUAAAUGGUUUGAACCAAGGUAUCAUGUCAUACGUAGGUACACAGUUCACUUUGACUCGUAUGAUGAGUUCCGCAAAGGUUAUUUAAACGUCAUCACUGUCAACUCACCCGUGCGAUCAUCACAUACUGAUAGCCGUUUUCACACUAGAGACGGAUUAUCCGUCUAAGACGGUUUGUCUGUUGGAUAAUUCGCGUCAUCCGUCUUAAAGAGAAAAUGGAACUAACAAUACAUCUGACUUUAUCGGUUUGUCUUCCUUCAAUUUUAACAGACUUUGAAGACGGAUAAUCCGUCUCUGGUGUGAAAACGGCUAAUGUUUCUGAAAUCUUUAGAAGGAUCCAGGUGGCAAAUGUGCCACAAGUAGUUCCCAUUGUAGAAAUGAAACAAAAGGCGCUUUAUAUUUGUUAGAACUGGCCACCAUACCAGCUACUGGAAGAUAUUUCCUCGUUAUUAAUCAUAGCUAUCAAGUUAGUCUCUGGUGAAUCCCUGGACAGUCUACACCAUCUUAAUCGAUUUUCCGAACAGAUUCUUUAAACAGCUGCAUUCUUAUUUACAAGGUUUAAACAAAGAGAGAGGAGAUGUCCUCACGUUACGUUGCCAUGGUAGCAAAAUUUUUGGAUGACAACAAACCUAUAAAGUCACUUAAAAGUCUAUUCGCAUUAUUUCAAACUUCACCGUUCUUAUUCAAUUUCAUUUAAUUUGGCAAAUCUUGGUGAAAUUUUGUUUGGGACUAUAUCUACCGUUAUAUAAGUUUAGAAAAAGAAAGCGACAAUUUUUAUGUAGUGUUCACCUACUCCAUAAAGCGAGCUCGUGAAAUUAGGAAGUUUCACGUCGUAGUGGUGUAACGAUGGCAAAGAAAUGUACAAAAUAGCGUGAUGCACGUGCAAAGUUGUUGUUUGUUAAUAUAAACAUAUUAUUUUCUGCCGUUCUCCUUGCCGUCGCCGUCGUCGUUGGUUUUGUUGUCAUCCAGAAAUAGUGCUACCGUGAUAACGUGACGUUACACUUCUCCUCUGUAUUGGAACAACCUUUAGGUGAAACAAAAAACAUUUAGAAAGAGCUGUAAUGUUUCCUAUUAGCCCGUCGAAAAUUUCUGCAUUUUUUUUUCUUUUUUUUCAGUACAAACGGUACGCCAUUCAUCUUUCGCGUUGGUCAAGGCUCUGAGAUGGAGCGCGCCAUCAAACUUGACCGAGAACUCACAGAGUAUGGGCGAGGGGUGCUGCUUACGGACAGCUUAUCAGUUUGUCAGAAGAAAGCUGCCCAGUGGGCUCAGACUGGGCUGGUGGUUAGUGUGGGGCCUGUAGAUCUGUUAGAGGAGGGCAGUGAAGGGGAGAAGAGUGUCGAGGGAUCGGGAGACCCCGAAAGCGUCUGCAAAGCACGCAACAGCCGUCUGUCAAGGUUAGUUUACUAUUUUAUUCAAAGUCGAUUUUGCAAUAAUAUCCCUAGGCAUCCUUGGAAUAUUAUUGAUGUUUCCAUUUGUUAAGUGCUUCUAAAAUAUUUUUAACGUGAAUUAAACUCUGAUAACCAACACAUUUCUUCUCGCGCUUUGAAUAUAAGUUCUUCAUCACAAGUUCUUCUCGCGCUUUGAAUCCAAUUUUGUCGGUGGUUGCGUGCAAAGUGGUAGGAUCAACAAGUCCGCACUUUUAUGUGCGUUUAUUGACUGUGUUGUUUUUUCUGUGAAAUCUAACUAUUAUUGUUGUGUGUACUGUGUGCUUUCAGCUUUAAGGAAGUUUGCAAAGAAGGCCGACCUCUGGCGUCCUCUCUUGGUUCAUUUGUGCUCUCAUUAUUAAUUAUUUGAAGUGAAGUGAUGUCAAGAUUAUAUCGUUGUUCUGGGUGUGUUUCUCACAUUCUACACUAACACUUGAUCCUUGCUUGUUGGUCCUCUAGAACGGAAUGCAGCCGCCCUUUUAUAAGCGGACAGGUCGCACACACCAUGGCAUCUGAAGUUAUAUCUUUGUUGUACGGACUUCUAUCUUCGUCAGCUUCCGAAACCUCCAAGAUCUGGGCCUCUGCUGUGCGCGAUGUACUUUGUGAGACCCUGGAUAACGUACCUUACCUGAUAGAGACCCUUGAAAGAGAAGGAAGGAUAUCACCUAGGGGGGAUCAGACAUUCAAUCAGGAGACAGAACACGACGAGGAUGAACAUUUAUCUAACGAACACGAGUGGUUUUUCAAGGCCAGGAACGUUGUAGCGUCUUUGUGUGCCUUGGGUGGUUUUCAUAAAAAUGUCCAUUCUGGAUGCACGGUUCAGGUACCACAAAUGGUUCUGUUGUUUAGAUUUAUCAUUUGCGUAGCAAGAGUGUUUUUAGGGGGUUUAAACAUAUAUUGUAGCUCAAGUAACCCCCUGCUUGUGUCAAUUUUCGCUACAACAAACGGUAACAUAUGUUGAUGCGUCAUAUCGCCGCCUACUUUGUCUGGCUCUGUCAGCUACUGUUAAACGACUGUUUAACUGUGACAAUAGACGGAUCGAAACGUACCAAUGACAUUACGAGUCUUCGUAGUCAAUAACAUCACGGCUUAACUGACAGACGACCAAUAACAUCGCGACUUAAUUGACCAAUCAGGUCACUAACCAGAGUUUAGUAACAUCAACUAACGUGACACAACUCAAUUUGACUGAAGAUGACUACCGCACGGGUUGUAGAAACGUCGGUCACUGUCAACAAUAACAGUCCUAUUCAGGACUACGUUCACCCGGACGAUGAUACUCAACCUUUUUAUGAUCAAUUGUUCUUGAAAACAAUUAAAACAAAGUUUGUUAAGUAUCAUGAUGAAGAGGAACCGGUUCUCAAUCGUAUUCAUUCGCCGUUUGCACGUCUCCCAUAAUACACCUUGUUUGCCCCCAAAAGUUUGCGUAAGCAGUGUGUUCAAUUUCUCCUGGGACAUCUGCAAUACUCAGGACAAAUUAAGAAAAAAGGUUAUGCAGAAGUUUGGGGGGCAAACGAGGUGUGUUAUGGGAGAUGUGCAAAUGGCAAAUGGUAAUCAAUUUCCUUGUUUUUAGUUCUUGAUGAAAGUUUGGAACAGCUUUUUGAAACUUUGCAUAUAAUUCUAUCUACUUGGGAAUAGCCCAGUACAAAGCUGUUAUCGCUUUGUCCUAUCAACUUCACUUCACUCUAAAGAAGUUGUCUCUUUAAAGCACUAUUUGUUUGACAGAUCUGUGGAGAAGACAUGGUAAAAGCGACUGGUGAAGUGGUCAGUGUAUCUGAAAGACAGGGUGUGGCAACAGUGUUACUAAACGAAGAAGGAGAGACCUACAGUGAAAGAGUGCAAGAGAUACCACUGGCACGGCUUAAAAUAGCUAAUCCUCAGGUAUAAUAAUUGAGAGAGGGAGUUUGUUUAUAAAAAAAAGCUGUCGCGCUAUGUCUGUCGUUAGGGGGAGGGAAUUUUCUUUUGUCAGUGAAAGUAGUAAGGUGAAUUGACCACCGGAAAAUUUGAAAAAUUGAAGUACCGCCUUUUCCCUGCCAACGGCUAUACCUAAAAGGGUCUCGUAUGGCCUUGUUUAAAUAGCGCUCACUCCUCUAGUAGAGAAUUUAAAACAGAGACCUACAAUUAUGAACAAAAGUCUUAAGACACAUUUGCAUUUGUGGGGCUUUUCUUAAAUCAAAAAUGCCCAGCCCCUCCCCUACCCCACAAACAAUGUUGCACGCGUCUCCCCGGAAUUUUCCCGAGUUUCAACAUUGUAUAGGGUGGUGGAUGGAGAACUGCAAGAUGUUGGUUGCAUUGUUUCAUGAACAAAAUUUCUGGUGCACCCAGAAAUUACAGCAAAUUAUGAAUACUACGUCAUUUUCCCAACAACUUUUCUCCAGGAUUGUAGAUUAAGUUUUUGUCUCGUUGUAGGUGGUGUUCCUUAGCGAAUUGUCCAUUGGAGAUCAAGCCGUGGCUGUUUUGCUUUCUAUUUUGUCUGCAAAAGAAACAGUGUUUGCUCAGCCUUCUGAUUUGGACGCAAGGGAAGUCUUCAUUACACCAUCAAAGGCAGCACGAAUCCUGGCAGAAAUCAAAACGAGGUUUCUUCUUUAUUUGACCCAUAUUUUAGCUGCCGAUCUUCAAGAAAUUAGUUUGUACUCCACUCCAGAAACUGUUGCGGAGACUGAUCACUAGCUUUCAGAAAUGAAAUUUUUAUGAUUAGUUAAUUGUUGCCAUCCGGUCCAUCAGAAUAAACUUUGAUAACUCAAACAAUCCCAACUCAGUCCCAGUCUUCCCAUUUUUCACAAUUUUCACAUAGAUCAUAAUGCACCAUGUUUAUCUCCAAAAAAUGCGCAGGACUUGGGUGUGUUGCAAAGCCCGUUUUAGGGCAGGCAGAGAAAGUAUCCUAAACAAACGAAAUCUUCCGGUUUUCAUUGCAGAGCAAGCAUGGUUCUAUCUAUCCAAGUCCAGGAUUCCUCCUUCAUCGACGCUCUUCUGGCGAAUCCUUCAUCGGAGCUCAUCUCUAAAUUAUCAGGAGAGUGCGAUGCAGGCCAAAGAUUAACUGUCUUAGAAAAGCACUGCCAGCAGCUGCGGAAACUCUUCAAAGACUUUGUUAAACCUGCUGAGAUACCUAAGAAAGUAGUAAAGACUAGUAAGAGGAUGGCGCUCGAUAGCGGCCGGGUGUUCCCUCCCGUUCGGGGAUGUGUUUUUACUAUGGGCCAUACUUGUGUUCAUUAUCUAGCGGAUCCUGCAACAGGCUUUGGACUCCCCAGGGGGACUUUCGUAUAUGCUAACGCCCCUUUGCCCCAAAAGGUGAGUUUCUCGUUGCUCUGUAUGGUUUUAAGGUGCUGUCAGUUAUUCAGUUGCACUCACCUAAAAGAAUAAUACGGUAAAAAUCCGCUAUUUAGAACCUAGUGGUUUAAGAACCUGCUGGCAGAAAUUUGCCAUUUAAUAACCAAGAAUAUAAGAACCUGUUUAGACAAGCAACAUAAAAAAGGUUCUUAUACGUGGGUCACGGUAAAAUUAUGAUAAAAAAUUGACUUAGAUAUUGCAAAUUUAUAUCACAAGAAAAUACUUUCUUUAUUGACUUUUCUUAUUUAUUUAUUUAUUUCAUUUUAUGUUUAUUAUACAACACUACAUAAACAUUCUGUAAUCAAUUUUGUUAGGCUUAUCAUAAUACAGUUGUGAAUAAAUAAUAUAUAUUAACUUUAAGGACCAAACCCAAGUUUUACUAUUUUGGGGGGCUCAACAACUAAGAACCUGAUUAAGAACCUACUUAGCUUAAACUGUCAUUAACUACCCCAAAAUACAAGAAUCUUUUUUGCCAGACAUGGUUCUUACACGCGGGUUUUUUUUACUGUAACAGCUUUGGACCUGACUAAUGGAAAUGAUGGUUCUACAAAAUAGCAUUUAAGGACAAAUUACAGAACUGUAAGGCAGACCUCUUAUAAACAAACCUGACGACAUGAAGUUUACUGCUGCUGUUGCAAGUUCUGCUUAGAUUCCUUCUGUAGUUUGCAACACAGUAUGCGAAUUGAAAAAAAGACUGAUACCAUCCAGUAUGCUUCCGCUUUUAUAGCAAUUUUUGCCAUUAGGCCAUUUCCGAGUUCCUCCGGGCCUCUGUGUCAAAACGAGGUUAAGUGCUCAGCCUUUGAUAUGGAAAUCAUUUUUCAUUCUCAUGCAAAUAAAACUAAUUUUCACAAGAGAGGUUGUGCACUUGGCCUCAUUUCGAAAGUAAGGGGUUUUGGAACUCGGAAGUGGCCUAUUAAGGAUCAUUUUCUUUCAAGGCGCCAUCCUUUUACUGGGAGGUGGAGCUUUCUUCCCUAGGAGACCCUGAAGAUCAAGAUCCGGGACCUUCCAUUUCCGUUGGAUUUGCCCCGUCGACAGAUCAGCUGGCCAGCGGUUGGAUCAAUCCUGUGGGAUCUUGCCUCUUGCACAGGUUUUUUCUUCUAUGCAUUGUUUUAUUGUUCUUUUGUUUGGUUUUAUUGUCAUUUUGUGUUUCUUUAAGGGACAAUAUCCCUGAGAGUUUGUUCAGUUUUGUUCAAGUGUUUCUAUCGACUCGGUGAAAGUCUCUGAUAGUGACAUGCUCCUGCAUGUUACAGUGCUAGUACAUAAAAACUGCAUCUGUGACUAACGUUUCCAAGUUAAUCCGUGUUAUGUUGAAAAAAUGAUCAAAAUCACUGACACGGUUCACUUCUACUUUGGGGAAUAAAUUGAUAACAUUUGCGGAUGUACCUUUCAUAAUUUUACCAGUUUUAACAAAAGCUCUGCUUGAACUUUAUUGCCGUCAUGUGUUAGCGAGAGAGAAGAGAAAACAAAAUUUUAUUGUUUAUCAGAUCGUAGGCAAGCCCAUUUGGUUAUGAUCGUCUAAGAGGAGUUAUGAGUUAUACUAAGUAUUACCUGCGCAUUGCCCGUUCAAUUAUUUGGACUCGUCAAUUAUUUUUUCUGCUUUCCCUGACGGUCGAAGAAUAAUUCCACCGCAAGGGUCGAACUUUUACUUCGGCUGGUAAAGAAUUCAUCAGCAGUCGAAGAUAUUCCCGCGUCGGUCAAGAACGCUUUUAUUCGUUUAUAAUAUGGGAGAAUGUUUUCUCUCGGCGGACUAAGUCGCUACGAAUAAAUUUUUUAGCGUCAAACCUUUUCCUGCUCUUUAUUUCACCAAAGUAUAUCAAUGCAGUUUCGUUUCGUCAUCUUAUUCUUCCCACUCUCAUUACCAGUAACAUCUUCUAGUUGCAAAGCCAGAACUCAACUUCACAUUUUAUCCUCUAGUUUAGGAUGAUAAUUUCUUUUUGUACCGAUGACACGACACUAGCCAGGUCUGGAUAGUUCGUCUGAUUGGCUGAAAAUCUGCUUCAGCCAAUCAGAACUGGGUAGUGAAGCGUCAUCAGUAUGGAAUUUCUGCGCUCGUUUGUCAGACGUCAUUUCGCGGGAAAACCAGUGGUGGCGUCGCGAAAUGUCGGCUGUUUUCUCAGGCCGAUACGCUGCUUUAUUUUUCAGUAAUGGCCGAGCAGUGUUGUACAGGACAGGCGGUCUUCUCCAUUGGAAAACUGUUUCGCUAAACAUCAUUAUGAAAGAAAAUGACGUCAUUGGCUGCGGAUUCGAACGAAAUGAGGAUCAGUCUGCUAAUGGCUUAGUUUACUUCACCUGCAAUGGCGACAGGCUCGCAGGGGACUUGGAUGGCGUUCAGUCCGGCUUGUGGCCCGUUAUUCAUAUACAGAAAAAGGUGAGGAACAUCCAGGAGCUGCACAGAGAAUUGUUGGGUAGAUAUGCACUUAGAUGUGCCACUUAAUAAUUAUGGCGUCAAUAGACCUCGUUAGCUUCUAUGUAGGUCAUGUGAUAAUACUCCAGAUAACGGUUUCUUUCAAAUUUCGUCUUAUUCAUGUGCAUAUGUAAGCAUAAUUUGUGAAAAGAAAAUUGGGCAAAUUCCCCUGACACCGUCAUUGGGAAAACAAAACAUACAAUUUAAGGCAAAGCCUUUUAACCAAAGAAAAAGAUAUACCUUAUUUAUUCCAUCAAACGCUACGGCGUUUGUUAAAUUUUUAUCGUUUCUGAUGCGCGUUUAUUUCAAAAUCACAUGCUAAAAUCACUAAGAACAAUUACGGUAAAUCAUUUAUAAAUACUGUUUGAAGCAAAAAGGUGUUUGAAGUCUAAGAAAAGAGCCGACAUUUUGCGACGCCACCACUUGUUUCCCUGCCAAAUGGCGUCUGAGAAACGAACGCAGAAAUUCCAUACUGAUGACGUGUCACUACACAGAUCUGGAUAGUGCCUCUGAUUGGUCGUGCCGUAAGGGAUGUUUUCCUUAACCAAUCAGAAGCACUACCCAGAUCUACGUAGUGACACGUCAUCAGUAUGGAAUUUCUGCAGUCGCUCCUCAGACGUCGUUUAGCUGGGAAACCAGUGGUCGCGUCAGUCGUAAAAUGUCGGCUGUUUUCUCGAGAUAAAGGACUCUUUUAUUUUGCUGAGAUAGGAUCGUAGUAGUUUGGAUGGUGUAGAUUACCUAGUUGUACCCAGCGUUUUUCUUAUAAUCGUGGAAUAAAAGCCGCAUUCUUCUAAAUAACCGGCGCCCGGCCGGUUAGCUCUGUUGGGAGAGCACCGGUCAGCUAAGCGGAAGGUCAUAGGUUCAUACCCCUCCAGGGUCUUAAAAAAAAUUGUGAGAUGAUGCUGGCUGUAAUUUGAGACCUUGUCUCAGUUAAGUGAUCGCUUCAUUGAGCGGUGACGUUAAGCCGUUGGCCGUGUCUCCUUCAUCCUUCUUUCAUCAGCAAAUUGAAGGGGACGUAAAAUAACCCACACUACUGUUCGAAAGGAGUAGGGGAAAUUUUCCCGGUGUUGUGGUCUACCUUUCACGCAUCACCCAUCAAUCAUAUCACAGGCUACGGUUGUUUUACACGAACUGAUAGCGGCUACCAAUGGCGCCCUUCUAUGCUGACGUCAGAGCCUACUGUUAACAUUAGGGAGCUUAAGCAACAACGACGGCGACGGCAACGAGAACGGAGAAAAAGCAAUAGGUUUAGACAAGCAAAACAACAACUUUGCUCGUGCAUCACGCUCUUUUGUACAUUUCUUUGUCCUCGCUGCACGACUACAACGUGAAAGUGCCUAAUUUCACGUUUUGUCGAGCACGGGAACACAAAACAACAACUUUCUUUUUCUUUUCCUGAGCUUUGAUACAAUCCUUUAGAAUUAAACAAGAUGGAAUAAGCGCGAUAAAGUUUAAGGCUGCGCGAAUUCAUUUUUAAGUGGCGUUUUCGUAGCUGUCGCGGUCGUUCCUUAAGCUCCCCAUUAACUAAUGUGAAGAGGGCGCGUUUUGUGGUCCCCUAAUCCACGACAUUACAUUGCAUUGCGUUACAAGUGGGAGCGGCGUUUAUUUGAGAGCGGUUUUUGUUUGCGGGUAGGGUUAUUCGAUAAUCAGGUCAAUACGUUGUGUCCUUUUGCUACUUACUACGCAACACCAACGAGCCUCUUCAAGACUAUACUAACUUGGACAAUCAUAUCCCGCUUACUUAAAAAGAUUUUAAAAUCGUUAAUACGGUUUCAUUCAGUGAAAGCGGUUAACUUGCAUCCUCUCCUCACCUACUGUUUUCCUCAGAAUGUACGCGUCCGUGUGAAUUUUGGUGCACGCUCGUUCCUGUACGCAGAGGGUUCCAAGCACCGCGCUGCGGCAGACAUGUGGAGCGACUCCAUGGAAGACAUCAGACAGGGAUUUAGUGAGCUGCCUUUUGCUUUUGAGCUUGAUAUGGACGUGAAAGAUGAGUCGAUGGAUGCACAAGUCGUGUCUAAACCUUUGCUUCCUAAACCAACACCUCUGACCAUACCUAAAGACUCAGUAAAAGGUUCGUUAAUAGUUACUUACAGGACUUUUAAAAUGACUGUUGUGAUGGCAUUUAUUCUCUCAGUACAUAAAUGUACAAUGACACUCACCCAUUAGUCAAGAGCUAUUGUCCAUGAGAAAAAAGAAAAUUGAAAUGACGCAAUGAUGACUCAAUUUGUUUUUCUCUGUAUCUUGUGCACGAUUUUCCAAGGAACUUCUCAAGAAAUCGGCGUUUUUCAGUAAUGUUUUUCUAUAUUGUACAAAACCGAGCAGCCUUGGGCGAAUGGUUUCACUUGAGUUUUGAAUAUUGUAAUGAAUUAUUUCUGUGAUCUAUAAGUGUGUAAACAAUGGAAAACUGUUUCGUUUCGUUAAGAACACCCUUAUUUCCUCGAAAAAGCGCCGCCGCUGUACUAGGUAAUUGCCGGCUCGAGUGGGCGCCCCCUUCCGAACCCCUAACUUACUUGAACAGCACGGAUAUCACCAUGAGUACUCUUUCUUUUGUCCCUUUAUAAUUUUUGAGACUUCCGCUACACCGACAACAAUACGAGAACAGUUUCUUUUCUGCUUAGGUAGGUUCAGUCAUCUCUAUCUUCAUGCGAUUGCAGAGUUCUUUGAACUUCGAAAGGGGCGCGCCCUUGAUUAAUCAAAAUUCUUUAAGUAAGCGUCUCCCAUUUUGGUCCGUAUUUUAAAUAAUGCCCCGGUCGCAUAGUUAAGGAAAUACCCAGGCUAAUCAGACCUCGAGUCUUAGCAGACGUGUAGCCAGUUCCAAACGCAGAACACGCACUUUACUACUGACCUUUUCAACUCAAACAAACGUCUUUGAUUCACAGAGUACGACCCUUUAUCGUGCCUUCAAUACAAGCUGGCCAGCAGUUAUGAUAGGAUGAUUGAUGUGGGUCCUGUAGCGCCUUUGCGCGCCUCAGACGAGGGUACUAGUCACGGGAGAGAAGCACCACCUGUAGACCCCUCCCGUCUGCUGGUCAAAGCUUGGGAAGAUCGUGUGUUUCCCGUUAUCCGAAGACGAUUUCGUUCAAAUACUGAUCGGCAGUCGGGGCUUGAUCAGAUCAGGGGAGCGCUGUUGGCAGGUGGGUAGCAGUAGGGUAGGGCAAUAUCUUGUUUUGGCAUUUUAAUAAGGUAAACGAUAAUGAUAAGUUUGGUUACUUCAAUCGCCGAGCGAGGAAAAUUAAAAGCAAAUAGAUAUAUAAACUUUGUAGGAGUUCAUCGUGACGAAGAAGUUGAAAGCGCACAAAUACAACCUACAGACCAAAUGUAACCUUCUUGAUUACUCUCCUCGCCAGAAAUAAGUAUUGCGUAGGCAAGAAAAUUCUUUUGAAUCAGAGCAAAAUUACUCUCGCUUCUUCGGCGCAAACAUAUAGUAUAGUUAAGCCAAGGUAGGUUUUCCUUCAAGCUAGUUAUUUCACUCACGUUAUUGAAUUUUUUUUUUUUUGCUGUAAAAUUAUUGAAUUAUACUAAGUAGCCAGGACAUAUGCGUUAUUGACCAAGUGUGAGGUUAAUAUGGCUGGGUAUUGGCCAAGUUCUGUUUUUUGCGAAUCUACGGAUGGAGACGAACUCAAUAAAAACGCAAAACAGUAUUAGGCAGGUAUCGUACCAGAUUGACCGAACAAGUUUGGUCUAUAAAGAAUUUAUUACAUGGCCAAAAAGAGAACAUUUUCUCGAGGGACAAAUGCGGGAAAUCCCGAGCGGGUAAGAUGGACCCUUCUUUCCUCCUGGGGUAGCCAAUCAGAACACGAGAUUCGCUCGCAGAAUCAGCCAUGGUUACAUCACUCAGUGAUACAAACCUUCAAACCACGCCUCCAUGCGGAAAUGACAUCAGAGUAUUUCAAACGUGGAGAUCGAAUUGUAUUUUUUUGUCCAGGUAUGAUCGACAUCGCCGUUGCUACAGUGGGCGAUUUGUAUGAAGACAACGGCGGUAUCCCAGCAUCCCUACAGUUUCCUAAGCUUGAUGACGUCAAAGCUGACGUCAACAAAGUGAGCGCCGGUGGCCUGAAACCCGGUCAAGCGGUCAUCAUCAACUGCUCUAUUCUGAACCAAGCUUCCACUCUACCAGGAUUUGCAGUGCCAGAUAUGAAGAAAACGUUUGGACUCACAGGGGUGGUGAAGAGUGUUGACAAGGUGACGGAUACGUACUUAUUCUAACUAGAAGUGUCCUGAAUUUUAUGUUUUCUGUGUUGUUUGUUUCUUUGGCGAGCAGUAGAGGUACUGACCUUUCUUUAAUGGCUGAUUAUUUUUAUUUAUCACCGGGGAUCUUGAGCUAUUAAACGAAAAAUAAUAUUUGAGGACUUUGAGAUGGGCCAAGAGUGAAUUAUAUGGCGCCUUGGUCAUGUUAGAGUAACGAAACCUUAUUCAUCGUACUCGUUGUUUCAAGAAGAUUUUCCUUUUAAAUGGGUUCAUUUUAGACCGAACCUGUUAUAAGGCUUAAAUUUGCCAGUUAGGCCUUCUCUAGACAAGAUCCUGUUUAGCCUAAUAACAGGUUCUUAUUUUCUAAAAUCUAUCUACUUUACAUACGGGCAAACUAGAUAAGUCAACAUUCUGGAUCCUGUUUGAAGACAUAGGUGCCUUAUCACUCUAACAGCUCUAGCUGAAUACUACUUAAUACUCUUGACUACAACAUUUUUUCUUCACAAAAUAAGAACCUAACCUAAAUAGCCUAAAUGUAUGAAAAUAACCAUUUAUGUAAGAACCUGUUUAGGCUAAAUUGGGAAAAUGCAAGUUCUUACCCGCGGCUCUGAACUGUACCUUUAAUUUACUCUAAUUGGUUUCUUCCUUGUCUCUGCAGCCCAAAGGUUUAGCAGAAGUGGAAACGUACAACCGCGAAGAAGGCACGCUGAUGAGUUUCUGGUAUCCAAUAACCGCCCUGGAGCGACCGACGGCUGGCCUAGCUCGAUCAUCAUCGCUGGCUCUGUGUAGUGAAGAUCACACUCGAGCAGAGAUUUAUUGCGAGCUGCUUCAAAACGAGAGUGCUCUAACCCGGAUGUAUUGCAGAGAGGCGCACUCCAGGUUACUUGAAAAGCAGGCAAAGAAUAAGAAGCAGAUAACAGGUUAGGACAACUCCUAAGAAACAGAAAACCCUCAAGACUGGAGUAUUGCCAACAAAACCUCCGCGGGUAUAGCAUGUACGCGCAAAGGGUAACAAAAUAAAAACGAAUUAAAACCACAAAUAUUCGCAUAUUGGGUUUGUUGUUAGGACGAAAUCACUUAAAGCAUCGAACCUCGUGUUUAUAAUCUUUAAGAAAGAGAAAAACGUUGUCGUAUCUUUCUUACCGCAAACCACACUUCGACGUCCAGGGUAAACUUUUUUUCUGUUGUUUGGCAAUUCGCUAAAUUCUCUUCUUAAUACUGUUUAAUCGCAGACAUUCUGUCCCUCUUGCAAACCCUUGCCACUCAGCUUUUGGCUGAACCACAAGUGGAUGGUACCAUCGUCAUGUCUUCACCCCACUCGGCUCCAGACCCCCGACACUGCCUCACGGCCAACACCUUGCAGCCCAGUGUACUGUUUUUCCGAGAACCAACAAGUCUAGUUUCUGCGGUUCGUGACCUUUUGUCCGUAACGGUUGAACAGGAUGAAGAGGAAGUACUGAGUAUAGUGAAUACAAUGUGCGAAGAGUUGAAAGAAACUUCUCUGGGGGCAUACCACCGGGAAGUAUCAGUCAAGGCGGGCAACCCGGACGAGGAGGUGCAUAUCCCAGGGGUUGCUGUUACUGUCGUCUCCUGCAGGGAAGAUCCCGGAUGUAUUAACUCUGGGUGAGUAUUUGUUGACAAUGAGUUUUUUUUUAUCAUAUAUAUUAUUUUUAUUGAUGAGUAGAUAAAAGAAUUCAUUUUGUAAAAUGCUAAAAAAAAAAACUGAAAAAACUGUUGCUGAACAACUUUAAUUUGUAUAUUUCAUCCCCGUGCUCGAAGCUUACCGGUAAAACAAUUACUGUAUUAAACAACAGACGAUUUGACACACGUUUCUAACAUCUUCGGGAUGUUGAAAGAAAUGACAAAGAUGCAUCGAAGCUACUUACUGGACAAUUUACGAUCUCUUCCAACACCAAUUGCAAGGCAACGCGGAAAGCUUUUCAUUCAACUAAUUCAGUUUUGUUUUUCCUGUCACCAUGUUGUCUUUAAUCCUCCGUCAUAUCAGUUUUGAAAUAAAGCCAAACUAAGUCUCCGAGUGUUCGCGUGUUAUUAUCCGUGCCUAUUAUAUUUUUAUCACAUUUUAUAUUUUCAGGGGCGUAUCUAACCCUCGUGUGACGAUUUCUUGUUACCAUGGAAACCAGAAACUAAACCAAAAUGGCCAGGAAGCACGGUAUAAAGUAGCUCAGUACCCUAACUCUGAUUCGUACUCGUCAAACAAAGCAAGUCUGUACCCUGACUUGAUACUACCCUGUAAUCGGCUGCUUUUGCAGUUCUCUACCGCUGCCACCGAAGGGCUUGUGGUGCACUUGAACGGAUUUUCUGCAAACUUCUUCCUCGCGCUCGUCUUCAUUGAAGUUUUCGUUCAAGUGUACUUGGAAAACGCCGCAGAGUGUACAAGCGAUUCCGAGAGUAGCUUCGAUAACAACCCGGAAAAUGUCCAGAGCAAACGAAGAGUUUUGACUCUCAAGACAGUUGCCUUUAACUUGACAGAUAUUCUCAGCUCGUAUCUUCUGAGAUCAAACUUACCCGCGGUCAUCAAGGAGAUUAUCUACCACCUUCUAGCACAGCUGAUACGAGCUUGCCAUCAUGUGAAGGCUGCAGAGGCUACCCAACUGCCGUUUGCCGAUAACUGGGCUACAUUUGACUCGUUCUUAUCGCGGUUGUCACCCCUACGCCUUGAGCUGCGGAAGCUCUUAGAAAAAGAGCUGUCGGUCACGAAUACCGCAGCACUGGAUUUCAUUCUUAAUUGUAAUUUUGAGCACAGUGAAUUUUCGUCGUACUUGCAGGCCCUUCUAGGGCUUGUUUCAGCCGUCCAGGAAUUUUCUCCUAGUGGAGGGAAAUCCUUAAGAAGAUUAUCAAUGAAAGCAAUACAAGAGGCCUUACAGGUGACUUAACCCUUUACAUAUCCCCAUAAGCAAAGGUUUAAUUUUGCAGUACCUAAGCAAGAAAAAACCUCAAAGAUGAAAUCGAACGACGUGUCAAUGUUGUCAUAACUCCAUUUCAAGUUAAUUGUUUAAAAUAUUCAGAGUAAACGCUCAAAGAGUGUCAUUACACAGUAAUACGCAAAUAGUUUGGCCGAAAUUGAGUCCAGAGAUGUCGUUAAUAUUUAUUGCUCUAGCCGGUCAACGUGCGUAUUCUCCACACUCGUCUCCAGGAAUUUUCUAUGGAUCCCGAUAAGGAGAAUUUUCUAACAAUCAAGACUUUAUGUACUUUGUGGUCCUUUGUGUUUGAUUCAAGGAGAAAUUAGACGCUGGUCACUCUUGGGCUAGUGUGUUACAUAAAGCCUCUGUUGACAUGACAUUUAAAGAGGGAUACCUCUGUAGAGUGCUGCUAAUAUUAGUUCCUCCUACUUUCUAGGCUGUGGAGUCUGAUUCAACUGACAGUGAAGUGAGAUCUGCACCCCCACACGGCGUUGAAAACACGUUUAGCUUUGAUCCGGAAGCAGUUACUUCUUCUUCCGCUACGGAGACAGCUUCGUCGUCGGGGCCUCCCUCGCCCAAAUGUUUCGCACGAGUACGGCGAGGGAGCGUGCUACGCAGGAAGCGCGCUUAUGUGCUUGGUGUUACCUCUCCUACCGAAAGUAUGCCAUGGUUUGAUAAAAUCGUUAGCACCACCCUGCUGUUAAGAAAUCUAAUUCAUGGGGAUCCGCGUGCAUCGCCGCUGUUCGCUGAUAGCUUAGCAGCGGUAAUUUCCACUAAGAGCAAUGCUUUGCAGAGGCUUUUAGUCAUCACCAACAUUGCGCCGACUCUCACCAAGAAGGAAGCUGUGGAUGCGAUAAAGAAAGCUUGUAGGCCUAGUGGCGGGAUUUAUGAUAACAAGGUUUAUAUUCCCGAACUCCAGUCACGUGUCAGUGCUGAGGAGCCGCGCCCUGAUUUGAAAAGCGGUGGAGUGGAUGAGAGGGUUAGAUCAAUGACUGAACUUCUACCAAGUGCUCAGCAGGAUAAACCCGAGAGGAUUCUUGGGUAUGCUGUGGUACAAUUGAAGAGUGCCAGUCAACUGGACCUAGCUCGUCAGACUGUUGCAUCUAAUAAGACUCUAAAGGAUCCAUCGACUGUUGAAUCCGUCGGUGUUGCCAAGGUCAAUGGCGAACUUCUCAUGGAGGGGACUAACGAACUUGCUGCUUUUGCUGUGUUUGAUGAAUUUUUAAAUGCGAAAAUGUUCAACACUGAAUCAGAAAAGACAACAUUCACUGAAUCAGCAAAAGGAGCAGUUGCAGAAAUUUUCGCCAGUUGCGCGCGAGUUGGUGUCGAAGAAAGUGAAUUAAACAAUUCCGAAGCAGUUCAGUCAGAUAGCUCUGUGAAUUUUGGUUCUGAUGGCAGUGAUAAGACGAUGGAGCAAACUCAACCUCGGGUCAAGACUUCUGCACUUUCACAAACUAAAGAAGUUUCAAACGUGGAGUUUGAGAUUGCCAACGAUGAAGGAAAUGAAAUGAGUUCAAAACAAACCGCUGCUAUUUCACUAUCAGAGGCACCGCUGACAAAAGACCAAAUUUGCGGUUUGGCGCCCGGGAACCUCCUCCUGUCAUUUCUCAACGCUGUGCGUCACGCAAAGGAAGCGACAACGGAAAUUGUCACGCAACUUUUAAGGGAUCACGGAAGCCCUGUCGAGGAAAGUGAGGAGAGAGUGCUGAAGCUGGAAGGGUUUAUAAACUGGUUGCUGGCCAGAGGCAGCCAGGAUGUCCGCGCCAUUUGGAAGGGUAUUAUAGCUUGUGGAUACGACCUGGAGUUUAACAGGUAAGUACUCGUUAGUCUGUUCUUCUGUAAGGAUGAAAGUGGAAAAACAUGUUCCUGGAACUAAACAUAACAUUAACUUAACUUAACAUUGGGGAGCCACUUCGUUUUACUUUAAGCAAGCUUAGUCUCUCAGUUAUUUUAAGCAAGUUAAGUACGUGGUGCUGCGAAGCACAAGAGGGGAUUUUUUUCCCGCUGGUCUAAAUUGGAAAACGUAAUAGCGGAGCUUAAGCUAUGCUGUUUCUAGCUAUAGGAAGCAAUCACGAUGGCGACAGGAGUAAAUAAGUCAAUAGUAAACUGAAUUUCGUUUCCCAACCAUAAUUCGAUCAUUCCAACGCCUUUAGCGAAAAAGAUGGACAGAGCCUCCUGGAUGAUUGCAAAAUAGCGUUACUGUGUCAGGCUAUCCAGUCGUCUACUCUUUAUUGGUCGGUUAGGACCCGGUUGUUCAAACGGUGGAUAGCGCUAUCCAUCGAAUAAACACUAUCCAGCAGAUAAGUAUUAGGGAAACCAAUUACGCUAUCCACUGGACAGUGAUUUAUCCGGUGAAUAGUGUUAUCCACCUUUUGAACAAUUGAGGCCAGGGGUCCAUUUAAUAGCACUUUUACAGAUGUAAUUUACAAGUGUAGCUAUUAUUUUAGAGUCUGAAAACAACAGCUGUAUUACAAUUGUAAAAGUUUUAUAAAAUUGACCAUAGUCCUUUACAAUUCACUGUAUAUAAAUCUCUUGUUCCCGAGGCGCAUUUAGUAAUGGUAUUCAUCGACCAAUUUUGAUAUAUUAAAAUUCAUUCUUGACUACGAGGCUUGGGGGAAUAAAACAAAAGAAAUGUAUUAUUCAUUGCUAAGCCUUACGGUGAUCUCUUCUGAUUUAUUCCCCCGAGCCUCGCAGCCAAGUAUGUAUUUUAAUAUAUCGAAAUUGACCUGCUGUGACACAGCGAGUCAAUGUUUGAAUGAGCGUUAUCGGCUUUAAACGAUGCGAUUCAAACAAACUUCAUCUGUUACAGAUGCACACAUUUCCUGCCUUCCGAGAUGAAGUCAGACCAUGCUUCCUGGACUGUGGCUCAAGACCACGCCCUUGUGCGUUACGUGGAUACUCUGUGCCGUACUUGGUCCACAACACCGUCCCGUCUAAUGCCUGAUGAGCUUCUUCUCUCAGACGAAGUUCUUGCCAGCGACGACUUCCAUGUGCUGCAAGGCAAGUUUACUAAGAGCUGCGGAAGCUCUUAGAAAAAGAGCUGUCGGUCACGAAUACCGCAGCACUGGAUUUCAUUCUUAAUUGUAAUUUUGAGCACAGUGAAUUUUCGUCGUACUUGCAGGCCCUUCUAGGGCUUGUUUCAGCCGUCCAGGAAUUUUCUCCUAGUGGAGGGAAAUCCUUAAGAAGAUUAUCAAUGAAAGCAAUACAAGAGGCCUUACAGGUGACUUAACCCUUUACAUAUCCCCAUAAGCAAAGGUUUAAUUUUGCAGUACCUAAGCAAGAAAAAACCUCAAAGAUGAAAUCGAACGACGUGUCAAUGUUGUCAUAACUCCAUUUCAAGUUAAUUGUUUAAAAUAUUCAGAGUAAACGCUCAAAGAGUGUCAUUACACAGUAAUACGCAAAUAGUUUGGCCGAAAUUGAGUCCAGAGAUGUCGUUAAUAUUUAUUGCUCUAGCCGGUCAACGUGCGUAUUCUCCACACUCGUCUCCAGGAAUUUUCUAUGGAUCCCGAUAAGGAGAAUUUUCUAACAAUCAAGACUUUAUGUACUUUGUGGUCCUUUGUGUUUGAUUCAAGGAGAAAUUAGACGCUGGUCACUCUUGGGCUAGUGUGUUACAUAAAGCCUCUGUUGACAUGACAUUUAAAGAGGGAUACCUCUGUAGAGUGCUGCUAAUAUUAGUUCCUCCUACUUUCUAGGCUGUGGAGUCUGAUUCAACUGACAGUGAAGUGAGAUCUGCACCCCCACACGGCGUUGAAAACACGUUUAGCUUUGAUCCGGAAGCAGUUACUUCUUCUUCCGCUACGGAGACAGCUUCGUCGUCGGGGCCUCCCUCGCCCAAAUGUUUCGCACGAGUACGGCGAGGGAGCGUGCUACGCAGGAAGCGCGCUUAUGUGCUUGGUGUUACCUCUCCUACCGAAAGUAUGCCAUGGUUUGAUAAAAUCGUUAGCACCACCCUGCUGUUAAGAAAUCUAAUUCAUGGGGAUCCGCGUGCAUCGCCGCUGUUCGCUGAUAGCUUAGCAGCGGUAAUUUCCACUAAGAGCAAUGCUUUGCAGAGGCUUUUAGUCAUCACCAACAUUGCGCCGACUCUUACCAAGAAGGAAGCUGUGGAUGCGAUAAAGAAAGCUUGUAGGCCUAGUGGCGGGAUUUAUGAUAACAAGGUUUAUAUUCCCGAACUCCAGUCACGUGUCAGUGCUGAGGAGCCGCGCCCUGAUGUGAACAGCGGUGGAGUGGAUGCGAGGGUUAGAUCAAUGACUGAACUUCUACCAAGUGCUCAGCAGGAUAAACCCGAGAGGAUUCUUGGGUAUGCUGUGGUACAAUUGAAGAGUGCCAGUCAACUGGACCUAGCUCGUCAGGCUGUUGCAUCUAAUAAGACUCUAAAGGAUCCAUCGACUGUUGAACCCGUCGGUGUUGCCAAGGUCAAUGCCGAAAUUCUCAUGGAGGGGACUAACGAACUUGCUGCUUUUGCUGUGUUUGAUGAAUUUUUAAAUGCGAAAAUGUUCAACACUGAAUCAGAAAAGACAACAUUCACUGAAUCAGCAAAAGGAGCAGUUGCAGAAAUUUUCGCCAGUUGCGCGCAAGUUGAUGUCGAAGAAAGUAAAUUAAACAAUUCAGAAGCAGUUCAGUCAAAUAGCGCUGUGAAUUUUGGUUCUGAUGGCAGUGAUAAGACGAUGGAGCAAACUCAACCUCGGGUCAAAACUUCUGCACUUUCUCAAACUAACGAGGUUUCAAGCGUGGAGUAUGAGAUGGCCAACGAUGAAGGAAGUGAAACGAGUUCAAAACAAACCGCUGCUAUUUCACAGUCAGAGGGACCACUGACAAAAGACCAAAUCUGCAGUUUGGCGCCCGGGAACCUCCUCCUGUCAUUUCUCAACGCUGUGCGUCACGCAAAGGAAGCGACAACGGAAAUUGUCACGCAACUUUUAAGGGAUCAUGGAAGCCCAUUGGAGGAAAGUGAGGAGGGAGUACUGAAGCUGGAAGGGUUUAUAAACUGGUUGCUGGUAAGAGGCAGCCAGGAUGUCCGCGCCAUUUGGAAGGGUAUAAUAGCUUGUGGAUACGACCUGGAGUUUAACAGGUAAGUACUCGUUAGUCUGUUCUUCUGUAAGGAUGAAAGUGGAAAAACAUGUUCCUUGGAACUAAAAACAUAAGUUAAGUUUGUUAACAUUGGGGAGCCACUUCGUUUUAAGCCUAGUGUCUCAGUUAUUUUAAGCAAGUUAAGUACGUGGUGCGGCUGCGAAGCACAAGAGGUGAUUUUUUUUACCGCUGGUCUACUUUGGAACGCGUAAUAGCGGAGCUUAAGCUAUGCUGUUUCUAGCUAUAGGAAGCAAUCACGAUGGCGACAGGAGUUAAUAAGUCAAUAGUAAACUGAAUUUCGUCUUCCAACCAUAAUUCGAUCAUUCCAACGCCUUUAGCGAAAAAGAUGGACAGAGCCUUCCUGGAUGAUUGCAAAAUAGCGUUACUGUGUCAGGCUAUCCAGUCGUCUACUCUUUAUUGGUCGGUUAGGACCCGGUUGUUCAAACGUUGGAUAGCGCUAUCCAUCGAAUAAACACUACCCAGCAGAUAAGUAUUAGGGAAACCAGUUACGCUAUCCACUGGACAGUGAUUUAUUCAGUGAAUAGUGUUAUCCACCUUCUGAACAAUUGAGGCCAGGGGUCCAUUUAAUAGCACUUUUACAGGUGUAAUUUACAAGUGUAGCUAUUAUUUUAGAGUCUGAAAACAACAGCUGUAUUACAAUUGUAAAAGUUUUAUAAAAUUGACCAUAGUCCUUUACAAUUCACUGUAUAUAAAUCUCUUGUUCCCGAGGCGCAUUUAGUAAUGGUAUUCAUCGACCAAUUUUGAUAUAUUAAAAUUCAUUCUUGACUACGAGGCUUGGGGGAAUAAAACAAAAGAAAUGUAUUAUUCAUUGCUAAGCCUUACGGUGAUCUCUUCUGAUUUAUUCCCCCGAGCCUCGCAGCCAAGUAUGUAUUUUAAUAUAUCGAAAUUGACCUGCUGUGACACAGCGAGUCAAUGUUUGAAUGAGCGUUAUCGGCUUUAAACGAUGCGAUUCAAACAAACUUCAUCUGUUACAGAUGCACACAUUUCCUGCCUUCCGAGAUGAAGUCAGACCAUGCUUCCUGGACUGUGGCUCAAGACCACGCCCUUGUGCGUUACGUGGAUACUCUGUGCCGUACUUGGUCCACAACACCGUCCCGUCUAAUGCCUGAUGAGCUUCUUCUCUCAGACGAAGUUCUUGCCAGCGACGACUUCCAUGUGCUGCAAGGCAAGUUUACUAAGUUGUCAUGUAGGGUUUGUUUUUUUCGAACGUUCCUGAUCGUUUCGAGCUCUUUGACUUCGGCUACCCUCCGUAAAGGAAUUUUAGAGAACGCGCGUAAGCCUUCAAGAAAAAUAGGUAAAUAAAUGCGGCAGUUUUUUGUUUGUACACACAAAGCGCAGCUUCCACCUCCUAGUAACUUAAUAUGCUCUCGAUUUUUGUAGCGUAAGCUACUCCGAUUUUUUGUCGUGUUACUCCACCCAAAUGGAAUUUUUCUCCGUGGCAUGUUUAACGACAGCAUUGUAUGGCUAGUACCCUUCAAAAUAUUUGAGUGAUAAGAUAUUUUUUCGUGCCUUAAAGGAGCUAUACCACCAGGAUAUUGCUGUUUUAGGUCAAGUUUUUGAAGUCGUGAGACAUUACUCUGUGCUUUUUCCCGUGCAUAAAAUGCUCCUGUAGAGUUAUGAAGAAGAUAUCAAACAAGUUUCAUCAGGAAGCACUGACCAUAAUAUAUCUUUUGCUGAUUUUUGAAGGCCUAGUAUUAAAACUUGUAAGGCCUGUUUCAAACGUCGUGCUACUGCCGUGCUAAGCUGGCUCGACUGUUAUCGGAGUAGAUUUCAGUGAAAUUUUGAUCAAGGGAAAGGAAAUUUAGUUCUAGUUAGCGGGGAAUUCGAGUUAUCCGAGUUCAAGUUAACCGAGUCAAAACGACUGAAAGGUGGGGUUAAAUCCAAGAGAAAUGGGACUGUAGUUAGCGUGGAGUUCGAAUUAUCAAGGUUCUACUGUCCUUAUCUUACAGCUACAGUUUUUUGUAUUAUUUUCACAGGACUAUCACUCCGCAGCGUCAGGAGUCGGUUUGCCUUCCUCAAAGCUUUAAACUCAGAUGUUGAGCGCUUGCUGUUGCCAGUGACUGACUUUCGAGCCGCUGACUCGUACAGUCUAAGUACUGCUACUCUACUAAGGGAGGCUCGCGGGCUCCUUUUCUAUCACACCAAGGUAGCGCUAUUGAAUCACGUGCUCAACCACACUGCCCACCGUCGAGCUGAGGACUCGCCGCCUGAAAUUUCUUUGGAUCCAUUGGAAGCAUUAGAAGGUAACUCCUUAGUCGUUUAGGAUUUUUGAAAAGGGAAAGAAGGUAGAAAUAUAGCAUCAAGAAAGUCCUCUCUCAAAAAAAUUUUAUUCUUACAAGCUAUCAAACCAAACUUUGGAACAGUCUGCUGGAACAGUAUCUUAAUUAGUGCACUUGCAAUGUGCUUUUAUAAUAAUAGGGGUUCCCCAGGAAACACUGGUCCUGUCGUUGACAGUCUAUCACUUUUAAGUUUCAAUACGUCGAGUUGAGUAUUCGAAGAAAACUUUUAUUCCCUACACGUUUAUUAUGCACACAGUCGAACGUCUGAUACGCGACCACCAAAUUUGACAUUUUGGUCGAUCGCUUACGUGAGCUUCGACUUUAUUUGGUUUCAGCGGACAAAGUCUCAUCAGCUGGGCCUCAGUUCUGCCAGGCCGCUCGUCAUAUCGCUACUCUCUCAUCAAGCGGACUCAGAGUCAAGGUAGCCACGGGUGGGGAUCCAGUCUUUCCGCUUAAGAUUCAUCUUCAAGGAGAGCAGGUUCUGGGAUCAGGUAAUCUUAACUUCAUAUUGCAGUUUAGAAAACAUGCACCUAAACUGAACCCAACUGGAAUGCUUGACCUACAAGAGUAGAAACUCAUGAAUAAUUCAUGAAUAAAAUAGGGACUUAAAGGGGUGUCAGUAUUUUUCUAUGAACAGGGUUGAAUUUUAUGGUCGUCGCGAGAAUGAACAGAUCUACUUUUGAAAUCCUCUAACGUAAACUUGCUGUUCGUGUUUUGUUAAGCCAAAAAAAUACUCGGAUACCCGUCGUGUUUAGAACUAGGUCAAACCCUCCUGUCCAUUUAUUAAACAUUCCCUUCAAAAUGACAUUGCAGCGCAGGAAGAAAUGAGGUUAAUUCAAGUUGAUACGUUUACAUAAUUUAGUGCUCUUAAAUGUAAGACCAGCUGUAUGAAUGAAGGAGUAAAGCUGUCUCUGCCUCAUUUGGGCGACUUAUUUCUUUCCCUUUAGGGGGGUCGUUUCGGCACUUCAUGUGGCUUAUGGCUCGUGAACUUCAAGGUAGCCAUGUUGGAUUACUAGUUCCAUGCCCUAGCUCUGCUGCGAACAAGAAUAAGGUACGUUCUGCGUGGACCCUUACUGUUUACUAAUCCCCUAGGUUAAUUUCGGCAGGUUAUGUGAUAUAUUUACGUAUGUGACCAUUCUAAUGGUAGUAAACUUUAACGAACAAUGAUUCCUGUUGUUGGGAUUAUUGGUUCCGGUGCCUGUAAGACGUCAAGUGCGUAAGCGUCCCUUACAGUGUAGAGCGCUUAGGUUCGUUAUGUCUCAGCCACCGGAAUCUUCGCUUAAAAGAACCGUAAUACUUCUUGAUGCGUUAGAAAAGUCCUUUGACUUCAAAGCGCAGCGGUUUAGGCGCUUAACUCCAAAAGCAGAUAUUUACCGUACUCGGUUCGAGUCUGGGAGGGGACGAGGCUUCUAUCAUUAUAAAGAGAAGCAUCGUUGGCUUGCGUUGAAAAUACUGUCACCUUUAAUACUUAGUCGUUGCUGUUUGAUUUGUAAUACAGGGAAAAUUUAUAAUGAAGCCCGGGCCCAUGACUUACUCGGAGGAGAAGCUGCUGAUAUUCUUUGGACAGGUAAAAGCCUUCUUUUUACCUUAUGUGCGUACAUCUUGAUGUCAAACAGUUAUCGGCACAUUUCCCUCCCAUAACAGACUUUAAAUUACAGAGCGCAUGCCGCUGUUGGGUAAAAGGUUGCUGCGGUCAGCAAAUGUGUUACUAGGGACCUUAAGCAACGACAACGACGACGGCAGUGAAAACGUCGCUAAAAAAAGGAAUUUGCGUUCUUUCAAACUUAAUCACGUCUAUUUGGACCCCCUCAAUAUGUCAAAUUCAGGCGAAUUUCCUGGAGUUGAAUUCUUAAGCAUUUUAUUCAAGUUCAAAAAGAGGAAGGAAAAUUCGUCGUCGUAUAAAACGUCAAAUUAGGAGGUUUCAGGUCGUAGUCGUGCAGUGGACGUCAAAGAAAUGUACUAAAAGCGUGAUGCAUGUACAGAGCUGUUGUUUUGAUCAUUAAACCUAUUGUUUUUUGAAGUUGUCGUCGUCGUCGUAGGUGCUUAAGCUCCCUAAUAUGUUUUCCUGGUCGCAUGUUAUUUACUGCCAGUCCUUAUUUUCCUCCGGCUUAUGAAGCGUUGCAUCGUAUUUAGCAGGCUCCUCUUGUUUCAGUACUCAGUGUCUUUUUUCUUCGUCUUGAACAGCUGUUGGGAAUUGCCUUGAGGUCUGACAUUCCCCUCGCCUUGGAUUUGUUGCCUUCCUUCUGGAAAAGCCUCUUGAACCUGCCGAUAGACUUGCAAGAUGACCUUAGAGAAUGUGAUAUUCUCACCUACAACUACAUACGACGCUUCUCCGAGGUAACACUUCUACUUUGCUCACAGCGCUGUGUCCGGCGCAUUUCGUAGAAUUUGAAUUGGAUGAAAGUUUCAUACGAAUUGACAUUACGGACGCCGGUGUUGUUUGGUUGUUUGUUUUUAGUGUAUUCCACAUAUGUUCUUAGUUCUGUAAAAACGAAAUCCCAGAAAGUAGAAGACUUCCGCACUAUACGCUAUUGCCAAUGCACCAGUAAUCCCUUCCCACUGAUAAUUCCAGUGACCAAUUGUAUACUGGCUGUACGCUUGUGGAGGACGAGUACCAUUAAGGUAGUUACACUUUUCGUUAUAGGUGGAAAGCGUAGAGGAGUUUCAGACGAUAUGCUUUGAAGCAGAUCUGUGUCCGUACAGAUUUGUUUACACCUCUAUUGACGGCGAGGAGAUAGAGCUUUGUGAUAAUGGGGCUAAUAUACCCGUGACGUGAGUAUUUACUCCUGUUAAAUUAUACUCCACUCGUCUGUAAGCUACCAGAGUUGCGUUUUUCUUUUGAAGGCUGGCAACUUGGGUUCGUGCAGUUUUGACGAGUUCUCAAUCCUUAACAUGUUCUGUAGGUUUCUGUUAUGUCUCGUAACUCGUGUCUUUUUGUUAGAUGGGAAAAUCACAAGUCGUAUGUGGAGGCCAUCAGGGAGCUACGAUUAAGGGAGCUCCGGUGUGAGUCCCGGAUGGCUGCCGUGCGCUGUGGUUUAUCUUCAGUGGUUCCACUGCACGUGCUCAUGGUCAUGACACCGCUGGAUAUGGAAAUUCGCACCUGUGGUUUGCCAUCUGUCGACCUAGGAUUCCUAAAGGUUCGUCACUUUUAGCCCUCAUAAUAACUUCGAGGAUAAUGAAUUUACUUGCAGAAACGUUACAGGCAUUACUUGACUUAGAGGCCUUUUUAAUUCCAGUUCCGGGAGAGUAGCUGCUGUCCACCCUAUUGAUUCCUUGUAGUCCUUCUACCCCUUAUGUGCAUUCAGAACUGCUGUCUCUUGGCGCCAUCAGAUCCCUCGUUGUAAGAACAGACUCAUUUAAGUAUCCUCCGCAAAUGAAAACCACUGGUAUUACUUUUUCUUAUCUUUAAAUCAGGCCCAUACUGCGUACGUUGCUGGGGUUAAAGAUACAGACACACACAUCGAGUUCUUCUGGAAUUCUAUGGAAAACUUUUCUCAGGUAUGGACAGUCCUUGUUGUCUUAGUUACUCGGCACAUUCGGGUGACGACAAAAAUAAAGCUUGUAAAGACCUGUACAGUUGAUUUUUUUAAGACAGUCACUAUAUUUUGACUCAAGAUCUUAUUUCUCAGAGAGACGUAUACAUCCUUUUUUGACUGUUUUCGCGACAGGUAACCAGUUCUAGGUGUAAUACUGUCGCGUCGAGCCACCUUACGUUGAAGUCCCCUGUGUAGCGCGUCCGCACACCGAGGCACAAACCAAGUAGAACCAUUUCAGUGUCCAGAAAAAAAGUAUCAUUUUGACAAGUUGUUCUUUGGUUUUCAGGAUCAGCUUAGGAAGUUUGUGAAGUUUGCAUGCAACCAGGAGCGUUUACCAAGCCGUUGCACGUGUCAAGAUGGUAAUCCAAACACAGUGGAUGUUCACGUGCCACCUUACCCGAUGAAGAUUGGACCGCCAGACGGAAGAGGUAACUAAUAACACGACAUUGGCACACCUUGUUGUCAAGUGUAAUAAAAAUUCGGGUAAGGGCAAUCCAAGCGGAUGGAGAAAGUCUUUAUACCCGCUGUCCAAUUUUGCUACAAUUGAUGCAUAUUAUUUAGAGAAGCUGUGAGAUCUCCCAAAUACGUGUCUUGCUUACUUAGCGUUUUCUUAAGGCGUGCGUAAUGCGUAGUAGAAGAAUGAUGACUAUUCUGUUCGGCGCGACAGACCGGUGGUUGGAGAAAAACGUUUGCAGCCUUCCUACCACCUUGAUCCUCAAGAACAAUCUUCCUUUGCCUCUCUCUAACCAUUAUCGAUCAUUACAGAGUACUUUAAAGUACAGAAAACAGGACAAAAUGCUUGUAACCGAAGGGCAUCAUCUCGUCUUUGCUUGGCUUUUUGACUUGCGCACUAAGUAUUGCACAAUAUUACAGCAAAGUGACAACAGGGAAAUUUGAAAUUUCAGGUCCUUCUGACGCGCGCUACAUCCGCGUGGAAACAUGUAUGUUCAUGGUGAAGCUUCCACAAUACUCCACCCAGGAAAUAAUGACAGAAAAACUGUUAUACGCUGUCAACUGCCGCGAAGAUCCACUGACGGACAUCUCGUGACAUCCAUAAAAAGUCAUGACAGUGGGUUAGCUACUUAAGUUACCGUAACUACAACUUCGUCGGUUGAAUGCAAUGCUGUGUCUACCAUGCUAAAGUAACAAUUGGUUGAUGUUCAUCAGAAAUCACUGGAUACAAAUCCAGCCUCGCAGUAGAAUUAAAGGAACAAGAAGAAGACAACAAGUGUAAAGAUCGUUUGGUAUGUUUUUACUAGGUAAAGGUAUUUGGAG